ACUGUGGACGCUGCCUUCAAAGCACACAGACAAACCGUGCUCCUCCGCCUCCGAAGACAUCGAUGAUAGCGUUAUUAUUGAACAUUUCUCUCCCACUCCCCUUUUCCCUAAUACUUCCCACGAAAUGUACCACUACCACUGAGUGAAUAGAUUCGUUUUCACCAAGGGAAUUCCCGGACCUGACGGGGGAAUCGUCUUUGGAAACUUUUGCGACUCAUGCCGGGCGCAUCGCUGGUAUUGCUCAAGCACAUAACGGAUUCAGGGAGCUAAACUCAUCUCUCCAGCACUCUCCCUUCUUCAAUAGCUACGACCAGAGAUAAUCAUCCACCCUGACCAUCACCAGAAGAGGAUACACUUUAUGAACAUUUUCUAUGGAAACGGGACAAGUAUUGCUGUUGAAAUAGUUGCCUAUAUUGAUAUUUGAUGAUGUAUACUUGCUCCCGAUGCAGGUGCUGUGAGAAUUGAAUGGUUUAUGAUUUAACUUUGCUCGGCAAUCUGAAACGGAUUUUUAUCAAAGGAACCCAGAAAGGGUCAGGCUGUUUUGUUGCCAUUCGUAGCCUAAAUUAAAAAAAAAAUAGGUCUGCCUCCUUGCAAGACAGACUGAAAGCCACGAUUGCCAGUGUCUGCUACAAUUGAGUUAAAACACAAUAGCUCUGUAUCCUGCAGUCAACAUGGACUCUGCUCCUAUUUUUAUCCAAAAGGUUACAGUUUAAAGGACAGAUACUCAAUUUAUUGACCACGGUAUUGCAUAAGCCUAUCGAUAAUUGCAUUUAUGGGCUUAUGUUAGUUGGAAUUUACUCAUAUUAUUUCAGUCCUGUGUGUGACUGUACAAACUUUCAAUUGAUCUGCUCCACAUACCGUUCCUUCUGAGCAGUUGGCGCGGUCUCGCUUGAGCGCCCUCAGAUUGCCCGGUUUCAGCGACAACAACGUUCACAGAGCGGACAGUUGCAAGAUCCACGCAUACAACUCAACACAGACACGAUAACUCCGGGACGACUUGGUCAGCGGCACAACAUCUAUUCAGCGUGCCGGACACACGCUGUUUAUUUAGCCCGGCUGUGGACAAUGGCUGGAGUUUCGCCUGGACUGAGGUGGCGCGCCUCGUGGAUUUUAUUGUUUUCCCUGUUUAUCCACUACACAACAGCUCAAGAUGAUGUGCCGCCCUACUUUAAGACGGAGCCGGUGCGGAGCCAGUUGCACCUGGAGCGUAACAGGCUGGUGUUGACAUGUAUGGCGGAGGGGAGCUGGCCCCUGGAGUUCAAAUGGAUCCAUAAUGGCACUGAGCUCACACGGUUCUCAUUGGAGUACAGGUACCUGAUUCCCUCCCUGGACCGUUCCCAUGCUGGCUUCUACCGAUGUAUCGUCAGGAACCGUGUAGGAGCCUUACUACAGAGGAGGACUGAAGUACAGGUGGCAUUCAUGGGCAGUUUUGAAGAGGGUGAGCGUGCCCAGUCGGUAUCUCAGGGGGAGGGGGCGGUUGUUCCCGCUCCACGCAUCAGGAGCUUUCCCCAGCCGCAGGUCACAUGGUUCAGAGACGGACGCAAGAUUCCGCCCAGCAGCCGCAUAGCCAUUACCCUGGACAACACUCUGGUCAUCCUGUCCACGGUGGCCCCUGAUGCUGGACGCUACUAUGUACAGGCGGUCAACGACAAGAACGGGGAAAACAAGACCAGCCAACCCAUCACCCUGUCUGUUGACAAUGUGGGUGGUCCUGCAGACCCUAUCGCCCCCACCAUAAUCAUCCCCCCCAGGAACACCAGUGUAGUGUCAGGCACGUCUGAAGUCACCAUGGAGUGUGUCGCCAACGCCAGACCCCUGAUCAAACUCAGCAUCACAUGGAGGAAGAACAGGGUUCUUGUCACCAGUGGUCUGAGUGACUUCAACCGCAGACUGACCAUUAUCAGCCCUGUGGUCAGUGACUCAGGGUUCUAUGAGUGUGAGGUGGUCCUCCGCAGCAGCAGUGUGCCUUCUGUCAACGCUGGGGCCUACCUACAUGUUCAAGAGCCCCCCCAGUUUGUGAAGGAGCCAGAGAAACACAUUACUGCCGAGAUGGAGAAAGUGGUGGAUAUCCCCUGCCAGGCACGAGGUGUGCCUCAGCCAGACAUUGUGUGGUAUAAGGAUGCGGUGCCCAUCAGUCCGGUGAAGACCCCGAGGUACAGGGUGUUGGUGGGAGGCAGUCUGCAGGUCAACGGCCUUCUGCCCGAUGACACAGGGAUGUUCCAGUGUUUCGCCCGGAACCUGGCUGGAGAGGUGCAGACCAACACCUACCUGGCUGUCACUAGCAUCGCCCCUAACAUCACAGCUGGGCCAUCCGACAGUACAGUGAUUGAUGGCAUGUCAAUCAUCCUCCACUGUGAAACAUCAGGAGCUCCCAGACCGGCCAUCACCUGGCAGAAAGGUGAGCGUGUCCUGGCCAGUGGUUCUGUCCAGCUGCCCAGGUUCACCCUGCUGGAGUCAGGCAGCCUGCUCAUCUCUCCCUCCCACUUAUCAGAUGCUGGCACCUAUACCUGCAUGGCCAGCAAUUCCCGGGGCAUAGACGAGGCUGCUGCUGACCUGUUGGUGUGGGCUCGUACACGUAUCAACACUCCCCCUCAGGACCAGAGUGUCAUCAAAGGCACCAAGGCCACCAUGACCUGUGGAGUUACACACGACCCCAGUGUCACCGUUAGGUAUGUAUGGGAGAAGGAGGGCUCGGUCAUCAACGCCCAGUCUAUCCCCCGUAUCCGGCUGGACUCUGAUGGUACCCUUCACAUCUCCCAGACCUGGUCAGGUGACAUCGGGACCUACACCUGCAGGGUCACCUCUGUAGGGGGCAACGACUCACGCAGCGCACACCUCCGAGUCAGGCAGCUGCCCUAUGCCCCAGAGAACCCUGUGUCUCUGCUGAGCUCCUCAGAGAAAAGGGCCAUCAACCUGACAUGGGCCAAACCCUUUGACGGGAACAGCCCCCUAAUCCACUACGUCCUGGAGGUCUCCGAGAACAACGCUCCCUGGGCUAUCCUCCUGGCCAACAUAGAGCCUGAGUCGACCGCGGUGACAGUCAGUGGGCUCAUCCCAGCACGCUCCUACCAGUUCCGCCUGUGUGCCGUCAAUGACGUGGGAAAGGGACAGUUCAGCAAGGAGACUGACCGUGUAUCUCUACCAGAGGAACCUCCCAGUGCUCCUCCCCAGAACGUGAUCGCCAGCGGCCGCACCAACCAGUCCAUCAUGAUCCAAUGGCAGCCCCCACCAGAGAGCCACCAGAACGGGAUCCUCAGAGGCUACAGCGUCCGGUACCGUCUGACAGGUCUUCCAGUGGACUACCAGAGUAAGAACAUCUCCAAACCAGACGUGACCAACCUUCUCCUGGAAGAUCUUAUCAUCUGGACCAAUUAUGAGAUCGAAGUGGCAGCCUACAACUGGGCGGGGCUAGGAACCUUCAGCCACAAGGUCACUGAGUGGACGUUGCAAGGAGUGCCGACUAUAGCCCCCAGUAACGUUCAGGCAGAGGCUGUCAACUCCACAACCAUCCGUAUCACCUGGGCCGCCCCUAACCCUCAGUUCAUCAACGGGAUCAACCAGGGAUACAAGCUGUUGGCAUGGGAGCCAGGUCAGGAAGAGGAGGUCACCAUGGUUACAGUGAGACCUAACUUCCAGGAUAGCGUGCAUGUGGGCUACGUGACAGGGCUGAAGAAGUUCAGAGAGUACUACACCUCUGUGCUUUGUUUCACUACGCCAGGGGAUGGCCCCCGCAGCCCUGCUAAAGGCCUUAGGACACAUGAGGACACUCCUGGGGCCGUGGGUCACCUGAGCUUCACAGAUAUCCUAGACACGUCUCUCAAAGUGAGCUGGAGAGAACCUGGUGAGAAGAAUGGAGUCCUCACAGGCUACCGAAUCUCGUGGGAGGAGUUUAACCGCACCAACACACGGGUGACCCACUACCUCCCCAACGUGACCCUGGAGUACCGCGUCACAGGGCUGACCGCCCUCACCACCUACACCAUCGAGGUGGCCGGCAUGACCUCCAAGGGUCAGGGACAACUUUCCUCCUCCACCAUCUCUUCUGGAGUACCUCCAGAGCUGCCUGGUCCUCCCACCAACAUGGCCAUCUCCAACAUCGGCCCUCGAUCCAUCACCCUCCAGUUCAAACCUGGCUAUGAUGGAAAGACCUCCAUCUCUCGCUGGCAGGUAGAGGCCCAGGUCAGUGUGAUAGGAGACAAUGAAGACUGGGUGAUUGUUCACCAGCUGCCCAACGAGCCUGAUGCCCGCUCCAUGGAGGUGCCAGGACUCAACCCAUACACUUUCUACAGGUUCCGUAUGCGUCAGGUAAACAUUGUGGGGACCAGUCCUCCAAGUCAGCCCUCCAGAAAGAUCCAGACCUUGCAGGCCCCUCCAGACAUGUCCCCCGCAAACGUCACACUGCGCACGGCCAGCGAGACCAGUCUGUGGCUUCGAUGGGUGCCCCUACCAGAGUGGGAGUACAAUGGGAACCCAGAUCUGUUGGGUUACCGGCUCCAGUACUCCCGUACAGGCUCCCAGGGUAAGGCACUGACCCAUGUGAUAGCUGACCGGCUGGAGAGGGAGUUCACUAUCGAGGACCUGGAGGAGUGGACAGAGUAUGAGGUCAGGGUUCAGGCUCUCAACGGUAUCGGGGCCGGGCCCUGGAGCCAGCCAGUCAGAGGGAGGACCAGGGAGUCUGUCCCCUCCUGUGGCCCUACCAACAUGUCAGCCUUCGCCACCACCUCCAGCAGUAUCCUGGUGCGCUGGUUUGAAGUACCAGAACAAGACCGGAAUGGACUUAUCUUGGGCUACAAGGUGUUGUAUAAGGAGAAGGACUCCGACUCGUCCCUCCAGUUGUGGACAAUAGAGGGGAACGCCAGCCACAGUGUCCAGCUGACUGGUCUGGGGAAAUACGUCCUUUAUGAGAUCCAGGUCCUGGCCUUCACCCGCAUCGGAGACGGCAUGCCCAGCUCACCACUCAUACUGGAGAGGACCCUGGACGACGUGCCCGGCCCUCCAGUGGGCAUCCUGUUCCCUGAGGUCCGGACCACCUCGUUGCGUCUCAUCUGGCAGUCCCCGUCUCAGCCAAACGGCAUUAUCCUGGCCUAUCAGAUCACGUAUCGUUUGAACUCGAGCAACAGCAACACGGCCACAGUGGACGUGCUGAACCCGAGUGCUCGUCAGUACAUGGUGACGGGCCUGAAAAAAGAUUCCAUGUAUGUGUUCCGCAUCACAGCCCAGACACGCAAGGGCUGGGGAGAGGCCUCAGAGGCACUGGUGGUCACCACCGAGAAGAGAGCUCGCCCCCAGCCCACCAAUCGUCCCAUGGUGCCCCAGAAGGAUGUUCAGGCCCGCAGUGUGUUGUUGUCAUGGGAACCAGGCAGCGAUGGCCUCUCUCCGGUCCGCUACUACACCGUGCAGCUGAGAGAACUGCCCGACAGCAACUGGACUAUCCACUCUGCCUCGGUCACCCACGAGGCCAGCUCCUACAUAGUUGGCAGGCUGAAGCCCUUCACCUCCUACCAGUUUAGAGUGAAAGCCACCAAUGACAUAGGAGACAGUGAAUACAGCGAGGAGAGUGAACCUAUCACGACACUACAGGACGCCCCUGACGAAGCCCCCACAAUCCUCUCUGUCACGCCACACACAACUACAUCUGUGCUGAUUCGCUGGCAGCCUCCGUCUGAGGAGAAGAUUAACGGUAUCCUCCUGGGCUUCCGGAUACGGUACCGGGAGCUCCUGUACGACCGUCUCCGCAGUUUCUCCGUACUCACUGCCAACAGCCCCUCUGCUACCUGGGCCGAGCUCACCUCCCCCUACAGCGUGCGAAACCUGAGCGAGUCCUCUCUCACCCAGUAUGAGCUGGAUAACCUGAGCAAACACAAGCGCUAUGAGAUCCGGAUGAGUGUUUAUAAUGUCAUGGGGGAGGGACCAACUAGCACACCACAGGAAGUGUUUGUCGGAGAGGCAGUACCCACUGCCCCACCCCAGAACGUGGCCAUCCAAACAGCAACGGCCACCCAGCUGGAUGUGACGUGGGAGUCUCCUCCAUUGGACACUCAGAACGGAGACAUCCAGGGCUACAAGGUGUACUUCUGGGAGCUCCAGCGUAAGAACGAGACAGAAAGGCUGCGAACCCUGUUCUUGCCAGAGGGAGGGGUCAAGCUGAAGAACCUGACUGGAUACACCACCUACAUGAUAAGUGUGGCCCCCUUCAACGCAGCUGGAGACGGGCCCCGGAGCCCCCCGACCAGGGGCCGCACACAGCAGGCUGCCCCCAGCGCUCCCAGCUUCAUCCACUUCAGUGAGCUGACCACUACUUCAGUCAACGUGUCCUGGGGUGAGCCCACCUACCCCAAUGGCAUCCUGGAGGGCUACCGGCUGGUCUACGAGCCCUGCACCCCUGUGGACGAGUCUACCGUGGCCUGUGCCGACUGUCUUCACUCCCCCUCCCCCCCAGGCGUCAGUAAGAUAGUGACGGUGGACGUCAAAGGGGCCCCGUUCUGGAUGAAGAUCAAGGAUCUGGCUGACGGGGUGACCUACAACUUCAGGAUCCGGGCCAAGACGUUCACCUAUGGGCCUGAGGUGGAGGCUAACAUCACCAUGGGGCCUGGGGAAGGAGCCCCCGGCCCCCCUGGAGAGCCCUUCAUCUCUCGCUACGGCUCAGCUCUGACCAUCCACUGGGCUAACGGUGACCCCGGGAGGUCGCCUAUCACACGCUACGUCAUCGAGGCCAGACCCUCAGAUGAAGGCUUGUGGGAUAUCUUGAUCAAGGACAUCCCAAAGGAAGUGACGUCAUACACCUUCAACAUGGACAUUCUGAAGCAAGGGGUUAGUUAUGACUUCCGGGUCAUUGGAGUGAAUGACUACGGCUACGGAUCUCCUAGUCCACCCUCAGCCUCCAUAUCUGCCAAAAAGGUGGCACCGUUCUAUGAGGAGUGGUGGUUCCUUGUGGUGGUGGCUCUCGUGGGACUCAUCUUCAUCCUUCUACUGGUCUUCAUCCUUAUCAUCAGAGGACAGAGCAAGAAGUACGCCAAGAAGUCUGAAUCAGUGUCUCCCUAUGUGUGUUCAUCAGGGAACAACUCUAACUGUAAUGCCCUGACCCAUGGAGAUAUGGUCAGCCUGGACGAGGGACGCUUCCCCGCCCUGGAACUCAACAACCGCCGGCUGUCCGUCAAGAACUCUUUCUGCCGUAAGAACGGCGUCUACACCAGGUCUCCUCCUCGGCCCAGCCCAGGCAGUCUAAACUACUCUGAUGAGGAUUUGAGCACCACCAAGUACAACGAUCUGAUCCCAGCUGAGACCAGCAGCCUGACCGAGAAACCAUCUGAGAUAUCAGACUCUCAGGAGGCCCUCGUGUUCUCGUAUGGGACGGGUGGUCUGCGUGUGCUUCCACUGAAUUGGGGCAGUGACAGUGAGUAUGAGGUGGACCAGAACAGACAGAAGACCCACUCUUUCGUGAGCCACUACAUCAGUGACCCAACCUACUACAACUCCUGGCGCCGCCAACAGAAAGGCAUUUCCAGGGCUCAAGCCUACAGCUACACUGAGUCAGAGUCGGGCGAUCCAGAGCCCUGCGCCCCGCCACCACCCCUGCCCCCAUUGCCACCCCAGCUCACCUCCACCACCCCUCCGCUUAAGCUCCAGACCCAGGGUCAAGCCCAGGGCCAACCCCAGGGCCUCCCACCCCAGGGCCAAGGUAGUCUCUUCAGGCCUAAAGGCAGCCGGACUCCCACCCCCUCUCAGCAGCUCUCCACCUCCACCCCCUCCAGCCACUCCAACACCCUGUCCUACUGGCCCCCCAGCAGCCCCAGCCCCGCCCCUGGAUCUCGGGCCCCAAUUGCCGGGUUCUCUUCCUUCGUUUGAUGCAAAGAGAGGGAUCCGUGCUCCCUGAAAACAAAGCCCACCCCGCCGCCCAAUGUGUGUUUGUUUAGAGAGUAAACACAAAACACACAACAAACAAACCCUCAAAGUCUAUCAUUUUCAUUUUGCUUUCUGUUAUGGCUGGUGUUAUUCAAAACAAUUAUUGCUUGUAUUUCUAUUUUCUUUUUAUUGCUGAGUUAUGUUUUAACGAACAUACUGUAUAGACAGGACAGAAGUUACAUACUUUCUUUCAGUACUUUUUUCCUCUUGUGUGCGUGUGCUGGUAUAGUUUUAUUUUCAUUUUUUAAUGACGACAGCUACUGAGACAGCUCCUUAGAACAUGAUAGUAUCUAUUCGCUUUUCUGUUAGUAUUGCUGCUUGAUCAAGUUGCAUGAGUUUUUUUUUUAAAUAUUAUUUAUUUUUAUUUUUCAUUGUUACACUUCUACACACAUUCAACAAGAGAAUAAUCUAGUUAGGUUCUGUAAAAAGUCAAGAUAUUCUUGUAAAAAAAUAUCUAGAAGACGAUAAAAGUGUCAUGGCAUCGAUCCACACUCGGAUAACAAGCACCAAGUGGGAUCCCAAAAUGGAGCCAUACUAGCGAAUUUGAAUGAUAGAGAGAGGCACAGGGUAUAGAAAGGACAAAGUGAUGAAAGUGAAAAAACGAGGAGGGGGGGAAUUGAGGCCGAAAUGAGCCCACCAUUAUUCUGGCGGUUUUGAGAUGCCGGGGCCUGUCCAAUUUGGCCAAAGGAAGUUUCUGUCUUCAUGUGAGACAUGUUAGUGACCUCUGCCCAAAGAUCUAUGAACCAUGACCCUCCUUGGAAUCAGCUCUCUAGCGUGGCAUAGCCUAUAGCACAUGCACAAUUGAGUCUGACAGCAUUUCGAUGUCACAGGCAAGUCACAUCUCUGUGCCUCUGUGCUGUACGUACUAUACAAGGGCCCGGUCACCUGGCCAGGGAGGAGAUGUGAAAUGUACUAUAUGUCUAAAGAGAAAAUGUUCAGGUUGGUCUUCAAGUUUUGUUUUUCAAUGUCCUUCAGUGUAUCAGACAUGCAUUGAUUGAUUAUAAAUAGGGAUUAAUAUUUUCCGUAAAAUCUACCACUUUUCCUUCCCGACAAAAUAACAAGCCCUUCCCGGGAAUCCUGUUAUUCCCGUUCAAACCGGAAAUGCUAUUUUAAAGCAUAUAUUACCAGCAAAAAAAAUCAGACAGAGUUAUACCACUGUAAAUUGAUAAAUAUACACAGGAAUCUAACAGUUACUUGUUGUAUUUGUUGCAAUUAAACAAGUUCUCAGUCAAUACACUAAGUAUGUGAACCCUUUGGAAUUACCUGGAUUUCUGCAUAAAUUGGUCUUAACAUUUGAUCUGAUCUUCAUUUAAAUCACAACAAUAGACAAACACAGCCUGCUUAAACUAAUAACACACAAACAAUUACAUGUUUUAACGUCUUUUUUAAGACACUGUGUAAACAAUAACAUCCUUUGGUAAAAAUAACCCCAACCAAACGUUUUCUGUAGUUCAGAAGGAUCAGACCGGCACAACGGUCAGAAGACAUCUUGGACCAUUCCUCUUCACAAAACUGUUUCAGUUCAGCAAUAUUCUUGGGAUGUCUGAUGUGAACCGCUCUCUUGAGGUCAUGCCACAGAAUCUCAUUUGAGUUGAGGUCAGGACUCUGACUGGGCCACUCCAGAAAGCUUAUUUUCUUCUGGCUUCUUUCGUGGUGUCCUCCCAUGAACACAUUCUUGUUUGGUGUUAUAUGUAUCGUAGACUCGUCAACAGAGAUGUUAGCAUGUUCCAGAGACUUCUGUAAGUCUUUAGCUGACACUAGAAUUAUUCUUAACCUCAUUGAGCAUUCUGCGCUGUGCUCUUGCAGUCAUAUUUGCAGGACGGCUACAAAUAGGGAGAGUAGCAACAAUGCGGAACUUUCUCCAUUUAUAGACAAUUUGUCUUACCGUGAACUGAUGAACGUCAAGGCUUUCAGAGAUACUUUUGUAACCCUUUCCAGCUUUAUGCAAGUCAACAAUUCUUAAUCUUAGGUCUUCUGAGAUCUCUUUUGUUCAAGGCAUGGUUCACAUCAGGCAAUGCUUCUUGUGAAUAGCAAACUCACAUUUUUAUAGGGCAAGGCAGCUCUAACCUACAUCUCCAAUCUCAUCUCAUUGAUUGGACUCCAGGUUAGCUGACUCCUGAAUCCAAUUAGCUUUUGGUGAAGUCAUUAGCCUCAGGGUUCACAUACUUUUUUCCAACCUACACUGUGAAAGUUUACAUGAUGUAUUCAAUAUUGACAAGAAAAAUACAAUCAUUUGUAUGCUAUUAGAUUAAGCACACAGUGUUUGUCUAUUGCCGUGACUUAGAUGAAUGACCAAUUUAUCCAGGUAAUUCUAAAGGUUUCACAUACUGUUUGACACUGUAUUUUAGUUGUAAUAUAGGCCAAUGAAGCACUUUUGGCCUUCUGGUAAAAAUGUUAUGAGCUUAUACAGCCUCGUGAAAAUUAUAUUCAUUUUAGCCUACCAUUUACUGAAAUAUUUCAGCCAGCUUGUUGUUUCUUCCCUCUCCCCUUGCACCUGGCUAUCAGUGGAUUGCAGGAAGGUUGUGGCUGUUUUUACUUCAUGGUAAUCUGCUUAUUGUGGUGACUUGGUCUCAGGGAACAUAUCUGAUGCUGCACUAAACAAACAGAUAAGCAAAUGGCCGCAAUAGCGGCGGAGAUUCAGCACCAUGGACGGAGCCGCAGUUUAUAAAUUGCCCGUAAAUCUGACUUUAAAGCCAGUGACCUCGCUUUUGUUAGUGUAACAUCAUGGGAUAACGUUGCAAAUGUCUAUUUCCUCUUGAGCGCUAUUGCAGAAACAAUGUAUCAGUCGUUUUGUUAACCGUGAGAAGCAGUUUAUAUUUUGGAGCUUCUGCCAGUGCCACACAGCUAAAGUUAGGAGAUUUGUGAAUGUGAGAUGGAGACUGCCUACCAUAACUACGUUGAGAGGUCGCGUGUAGCCUGCUACAGUUUCAUGAUAGUCAACAAUGCCCGUUAAAAAUUAAAAGGCAUUUAUUGGGGACUUGUGUUGAGUAGACUAAAUUGGUAGGCUGCUUGUGUUGUGAUCCCUAGACUAAUGUGUGAAUGAAGUUGGAUAGUUAAAAUCCAUUUCAUGCAGAUAUUCGCACAUGAGUAUUUUGUAUUCUUCCAAAGAAAUUAUAUAUUAUUGUUCCAGUGAUCGUAAUUUUUCUUCUCGUGAAUCGGGAAGGAGCUUGGUCAGGAAAUCCUGGGAUCCCGGAUUCCUGUGUUAAUCCCUAAUUAUAACAUAGUUAUUGUGAGAUCUGACACCACUUAAGAAUACAGACUGCUGAAUGGGACCUUACCGGGUCUGCGGCACAAAUGACAACCAAUUCCCUACAUAAAUAAAUAGUGCAUAAAAUAGUGCACAUCCCAAAUGUUAUUACUACUACAGGGGCUCAUCAGCCACUAUGAACCUUCCCUUGAUCUGACAGGUGGUGGGUGGGAAGACAUCUAAAAGCUCUACCUACCCUGAUGACCUAACCUACCCUGUGGAGUCACGACUCACUCACAACCCUCAUCAACAGACCGCCACCGCACAUGCCCAGUGGUCCACAACAACAUCAGACAGUGACAUUGUCCCGCUCAAACUAUAAAGAGUGGAAGUUAUAAAAACACAGCCAGCAUCUUAAGUGUUCAAUGGUUCCUACAUGUGGGCACACAGAGAGUAGCAGGCUCAGGGGAUUUCUAUUGGAGAAGCAGUUUCUGGAGCUCUUCAUCUCCAGGCCCUUUGGGAUCUCUCUCAUUUGGCUCAGGUGCUGCUCUCUGUCAGUGACAUCAUCAUGGGAAGUCUUUGAGCUCGCGCAAAGAGAUGUCAUCGAAUGGAUUCACCUCUCUCUCUCACGUUGUGUAACAAUGAUGAUGAUGAGGAUGAAGAUGAUGAUGAGCGAAAGGCACAAUGCAGGUGUGACUGACUGUAAGUCCUCCUUGAAUAUGAGACUAUUGUCUGUGCUGAUGUGUGAUUAUUGAUGAUAACACUUCUUCAACAUUAGCAUUAUCCACUGUGUGUCUGGAUACAAGAGACUGUACAGGAUUCCCAGGAGAAGAAGAGGGAGGGCAGGUAGGCACUGCCCACCUGGUGCCUGCCCUCCAUGGCCAGCUGAAAAGUCACAUACAUACAAGUACAGACUCAGUGUUGGUAAAGUCACAGUUUUAUCAUAAUUCCAAAAUUCUCAUCUGCUUUUUUCUCUGUGGGGUGUUUUCACUGUACGCAAAAUAAGCCUAUCAUUAUACUGAAUCUGAAUGGAUAUAUGAUCACGAUACAUUUCCGAAAUAAAUUAUUUUUCAAUGGG